AUGUCUCGGAGUCAUCAGAUUCGCAGACACCUUCCGCGAGCUCGCCGCAACCUGCCAAAAGAUCAGAUACAACGAUCCACCCCCAAGCCUGAUACUGAGUACGUAGACGAUGCAUCAUUCUCUUGUCCCACCGGCGAUGCCAAUGAGGUGAAGCUAUGGAUCCCACCCAGCGGAGCCCGCCUCUCAGACCAGGUCGUCUUCGCCAUAAUCCAAGCCGACAUCCCAGGCCCCAUCCGCGCCAGAAAAUGGUCUUACGAAUUCGACUCUGAGGGCAACAUCCGCAGAGAACGCGUCCCUUCCGGCCCCGCGCCCAUUUGCUGGGGAAACCGCGUGCCCUACUUCCCCGUUUAUGGCGGCUACUAUAUCCUGGGCGGAGACUAUGUCGCGAAGCGCUGCUGGCUGUUGAACGCCAGCCCGCCUGUUCCAGGCCUUCCAUACCCCAAGCAAAUCAUCGCCGGACCUGUUGUCGCCUCACCUGAAGCUAUUCCUCCCGAGCACUAUCGGGACCUUCUGCGCGAACAACUGCACAGCUUCGCGCCGGAUAAACUGGAUGUAUUCCCGGGUUCAUUCCUCGAGCAGAGCCAGCGAAGCUUUACGAUCUACGUCGCGGACCAUACCCGAUUUUCUGUUGUGUUCUUGGACGACAAUUAUUUCGGUUUUGUGAUGCCUGCCAAAAUCCCCGGCUACAAUACUCGUGUUGAUCCCGAGGGGACGACCUAUGCGGAUGCAAAUUACAUCUAUCCGAUGGCGAGAUGGGCUCAGAGGGCGAAGGAUGAGUAUGUGAAUCCGAGUAAGGAUGAAUUCUGUCUUCCGCAUGGAAUUCAGCGGUACAAGCUCUUUCGAGGGUUUGAUGGAGCAACUUGGGGACGGGCUAUCUAG